CGCAAGAGGAGGGAGAAACGAUCUACAGUCUCUUUAGCUCCUACCUAUAUAAAGAAGAUACGAGAGAGGUCUCUCUUUCUCACAAAUCAUAACAACAAAAUUCCAUUUCUUGUCUCUGAAAAAGAGCAUAGCAGAAGACUCAAGAGACUUCUUCUUCUAGAUCAUUUUUAUCGUUGAUAAUGAUCUCUGUCGUAACCAUUGCUGAGCUACUAGUAGAGUACACGACGGCUCUUGCUAAACUCACCGCCGGGAUACUUCCGAGAGAUGGUAACGUCGUUCGGAUUGGUGGUUUCUCUUUGUAUUGUCCUCCUAGAUCGUCACCGGUUCCGGACUUCUCCUCUCAUCUUGUCGAUUUCUGAUCAGUGACUAUUGCCGAAUUUUUUUGUAUCGAGUUUUAUUUUCUUAUUUAUUUUGGCACCCUAUUAUUUUGUUUCUAUGGAACUGUAGAGUGACAGCUGAGGAUUAUUUUUUCUCUCUUUUGGAUAUUUGUAAACCUGUAUCGAAUUAUAUAAUAGAAAUUAUUAUUUUAUGAUGAUAUAUAAUCCAAUUCGUAUA